UCCAUCAGCCGCACGAGGCCUAAGUGAUUGUAAGAUGGAAAUUUAUUAUACGCCAAUUGUAAUAAUAGCGUUAAUUUACGCUUUAUAUUACUACUUUACAAGAACUUUCAACUACUGGAAGGAAAGAAAUGUUCGCGGUCCAGAAACAACAGUGUUUUUUGGCAAUAUCAAAGAAUCUGCUCUUCGCCAAAAGAAUGUUGGAGUUUUGAUGCAAGAAAUAUAUGACAUGUUUCCUGAUGAAAAAGUUGUUGGUUUAUAUAGAAUGACCACACCCAGCCUUCUGAUUCGGGACUUGGACAUUAUCAAAAAUAUCAUGAUCAGAGAUUUUGAGUUAUUCACCGAUAGAGGUGUAGAAUUCAGCAAAAAAGGCUUUGGAGAAAAUUUGUUCCACGCUGACGGUGACACUUGGAGAGCUUUGAGAAGUCGUUUCACUCCUAUGUUUACAACAGGCAAAUUGAAGCACAUGUUUCCUAUAAUGACUGAGCGAGGUGACUUUUUCAUGAAAUACGUAAACAAAAUGGCUGAGAAGAAUCCAGAAUUUGAGGUACAUUCAUUAAUCCAAAAAUACACUGUGUCAGCAGUCUGCUCCUGUGCCUUUGGUUUGGAGUUGCAAACUCUUGAAAACAAAUUUGAUGAUCUCGAACUCAUUGAAAAAUUAGUACUUGCACCAAACUUUAGCUUUGAAAUAGACAUGAUGUACCCCGGGAUUUUAAAGAAACUGGGAUAUUCAGCAAUUCCUAAGGAAGUGCAAGUUUUCUUUAAUAAUCUUGUACAAAGUGUUAUUAAUAUCCGAGGUGGUAAAACAUCAGAGCAUGAUGAUUUCAUGGAUUUUAUAAUUGAAAUGCGUCAACAAGGAAACAUUGAAAGCCCUAGAUUUGGUGAUAUUAAAACUUCUCUCGAGAUCACCGAUGACGUUAUAGCUGCGCAAGCAUUUAUAUUUUAUGUGGCCGGAUACGAAACUAGUGCUACUACUGUCGCGUAUUUGUUAUACCAACUGGCAUUAAACCAAGAUAUCCAAGAUAAAGUUGUAGCCGAAGUAGAUGAAAUUGCAAACGCUAAUGAUGGAGAAUUUACUUAUGAAACAAUGAAAGAUUUGAAAUAUUUGCAUAAAGUUUUCGAUGAAACCCUUCGUUUGUACUCAAUUGUAGAACCAAUUCAGAGGAGAGCUGAAGUUGAUUAUAAAAUACCCGGCACUGAUAUAACGAUUGAGAAAGGUACAAUAGUAUUGGUAUCUCCGCGGGGUAUUCACCAUGACGAGAAGUAUUACCCCAAGCCCGAAGUAUUUGACCCUGACAGGUUUAAUGCUGAUGUGGCAGGGGAACGCCAUCCUUGUGCUUAUUUACCCUUUGGAGUUGGGCAAAGGAAUUGUAUUGGAAUGCGUGUCGGCAGGCUGCAGACAACUCUUUGCACCUCGAAGAUAUUGAGGAAAUUCAGAGUAGUACCAUCCAAAAACACUAACCGGAAUCUAGGCGUGGAUAGAAAUAGAAUACUUGUGGGACCUCAAGAUGGGAUUUAUCUGAAUUUUAUACCUAGAAAGUAAAAUUGUUUUACUGAUAGCCAAACAUCGAAGAUGAUAAUAUAAUCGAUUCACCCUUGAAUUUCGGCCUACAACAUUUUAACGAUUAGAUGAUACGUAUCUUUCGAUGAACGAUAAACUUAAUCAAGUGAUUUGAUUAAUUGCGAAUUUGUCAUUACUCAUAUUAAGGGUAAGAUUUACCUAUUAAAGAAUGCAAACAAUAAUU